GCGCUGCGCGCAUGGCAGCUCGAGGCUCCGCGGCCUUCACAUCUUUUUGUCUGAGAACUGGAUCCCUCUGCCGCUCUACAGUGUGCGCGAUAGCCUCCGAGCUGCGUCCGUAACACACUGUCAAACCACUCCAAACGAAUACAGCCGCGACCAAAAGCAUUCAUUCAGCACCUCCAGCCAUGGCGUUUCCGACCUGCCGGUAAAUCGGUCGUAUUCGGGACUGUUCGCUGGAACUUGGUCCGGGGUUGGAUCGGGCUUGCUUUCUGUGUGCAUCAGUCUUUAUUAGCGAGCUGCCGCUCUCCUUGCUAUCAGCUAUUUCUUUAACUUUUUAAACACUCGGCUCGGCGAAUGACUGAGCGCCGGCGGAGUAUGGGAUCCUUGGUGUCUUAGGAAGCAACCGAAGUGGGCUUUAACCGUUUUUGCAUGCAAAAACAAUGGCAAAUUCGACGGGGAAAAAUCUACUAGAUCAGCGAAGGAAAGGACAGGCUUUCCUGGACGAGCUGCGGCAAUUUCACCAAAGCAGAGGAUCGCCGUUCAAGAAGAUUCCUAUCGUGGGUGGGAAAGAGCUGGACCUCAAUGCUCUGUAUGUGAGAGUCGUCUCUUUAGGUGGAUUUGCUAAGGUCUCGGACAAAAACCAAUGGAGCGAGCUCGCCGAGGACUUUAACUUUCCCAGGAAUUGCUCCAACGCGGCAUUCGCUUUAAAACAGUACUACCUGCGAUACUUGGAGAAGUAUGAGAAAGUCCACCACUUCGGCGAGGACGAUGAGGAAGCGCAGCCGGGGAAUCCCAAAGCCUCCCUUCCCGUCGGUGCCAUCCCCAGCACCUACAACUACCAGCAGCACGUCGUGUCAGACUAUCUCCGCCAAAGCUAUGGGCUCUCCACAGACUUCGCUCAGCCGUGCGACUACAACAAACUGGUGCUGUCGCUCCUGUCGGGCCUCCCCAACGAGGUGGACUUUGCCGUCAACGUUUGCACUCUGCUCUCCAACGAGAGCAAGCACGCCAUGCAGCUGGACAAGGACCCCAAACUGGUCACGCUGCUGCUGGCCCACGCCGGCGUCUUCGACGACUCUCUUGGCAGCUUUUCGGCGGUGUUUGGGAUGGACUGGAAGGAGAAAACCUCCCGGGACUUUGUCAGGUUUUGGAAAGAGGUGGUGGAGGACGCUGAAGUCAGGGAGCUGAUCUGGGACAAGAGCAGCCCGGCACAAGAUGGGAUGUCGUGUGAGCGCUGGCCGAGCCUCUUCCACCCGCCUCGGAACCCGGGUAUCAGCGACAUGGAGGCCCAGCGGGUGCUGCAGAUUGCCGUUAUCUUGCGAAACCUCUCCUUCGAGGAGGCCAACGUCAAGCUGCUGGCGGCCAACCGAACGUGCCUGCGCUUCCUUUUGCUCUGCGCCCACUGUAACCUCAUCUCACUCCGGCAGCUCGGGCUGGACACGCUGGGCAACGUGGCGGCCGAGCUCCAGCUGGAUCCCGUCGAUUUCCGGACGACACACCUGAUCUUUCACACCAUCACCAAAUGCUUGAUGUCCAGGGACCGGUUCCUCAAAAUGAGAGGCAAGUUUUCUGACCCCCAAACCUCCCACACCCCACAACCCGUCUCCAAGAAGCGUCGGUUAAACAAGUGCGUUUGUACCCCCCCCCCUACAGCCAUGGAGAUCCUGGGGAACCUCAGCAAAGCCGACGACAACGGCGUGCUAAUCUGCGAGUACGUGGACCAGGAGUCGUACAGGGAGGUGAUGAUGCUCCUCACCCUGCCGGACCUCAUGCUCCUCAUGGCCUCCCUGGAGGUGCUGUACCUGCUGGCCCAGCUGGGCGAGAUCCCCUGCAGCAAGAUCGCCUCCGUGGACCGCAGCAUAGACCUUCUGGUGCGGUUAGUGUCGGUGGACCUGCACACGUUCGGCCCCGACGCCCUGACGGCGGUGCGGCUCAUCGAGCACCAGGCCAGCGUGGAUCAGGCGGCCGAGGUGCGCCCGCAGCUGGUGGAGCAGGUUCCGGCGGCCGGGCAGGGAGCGCAGGCACCAGGUGAGCCGCCGCCCCCCCCCCUUACUCCACCCGGCCGAGCUUAAAGCGCCGCUAGGGAUGAGGAAUGCAGGGAAAAGAGCCAGAAUCAGCCUAAGCCAGAAG